AUGGGAAAGCGAGCUUCUUCACCCACGGGUCAAUCCAAGGCCAAGACUUCGCAAGCCCCCUCUUCAGCCAACCGAGCGACGACCGAGCACGAUGACGAAGGUAUGGGCGAGUUCGAGGAUCAAUGGGACGAUGAGAUUGAGCAAGACGAGGAAGCUGGCGAGGUCAUCGAUGCGAACGACAAGACCGAUGAUGAGGAAGAGGACGGGGAAGCCGAUCAGGAGAUGGUCGAAGCGAACGAGGACGAGCACAACGCCGACAGAGCGGUCUCAUCGAAGCGAGCCCCUAGUCCCGAGGCGUAUUUGCCAGGAGGCAAGCUCGAGGAAGGCGAGUUCCUCCAACCCGACCUGUCGACCUACCCUUUGCUGCAUUCGUUCGUACCGACAUGGCCCAGUCUGAGCUUUGACAUCCUUCGCGACGACCUGGGGGAACAGCGGAGAGGAUACCCGGCCAGCUGCUCCAUCGUCUCGGGAACUCAGGCCCAGGAUAGGACCGCGAACGAGAUCACAGUCAUGCACUGGGAAGGGCUGGGACGCACGAGGAAAGAUGAACUUGGUCAGUCUCAGAACGUGGCAUCAUCAAUCUUUGCGAGGCUGACCCACCUUUCUAUGCAGACUCUGACGACGAAGAGGAAGACGACGACGACGAGACCGACGACGAUCCCAUUCUCACCUUCAAGGCCAUCCCUCACCAAGGCUGCGUCAAUCGUAUCCGAGCUCGUAUCCUCCCUGGCCCCUUGUCCGCCGGUCCACCAGCACCUCCGGCGCCCUACCACGUCGCGACCUUCUCCGAGACGGGCAAAGUUCACAUCUUCGAUGUCGCGCCGCACCUCGACUCGCUUCUCCACCCCGGAACAUCUUCGGCCCCUCUGUCCAAGCUCCCCGUCUACACCAUCGACUCCCAUGGGCGUGCCGAAGGCUACGCUCUCGCUUGGGGAAACCCUAUCGGUUCCUCGUCCUCGGCCCGUUUGCUCUCUGGAGACAUUCACUCCAAGAUCUACCUGACGACGAUGGGUCCCGCUUCCUUCACGCCCUCUCCCAAGCCCUUUGCAUCCCACACCGACUCGGUCGAGGACAUCCAAUGGUCCCCUUCGGAACCGACCGUUUUCGCCUCUUGCUCGGCCGACAAAUCCGUUCGAGUAUGGGACAUCCGAACCAAAGAUCGACGCAACGUCACAGGCAUCUCUGACGCCCACGAAAGUGACGUCAACGUCAUCAGUUGGAACUUGACGACCAACUACUUGCUCGCUUCCGGUGGGGACGAAGGUAGAAUCAAGGUGUGGGAUUUACGGAAUCUCAAGGGCAAGGCCUCGCCUGCUCCCACCCCCGUCGCAGACUUCAAAUGGCACAACGCACCCAUCACCUCGAUCGAAUGGCACCCUACGGAAGAUUCAUGCUUCGCCGCCAGUGGCGCCGACGACCAAGUCACAUUAUGGGAUCUUUCCGUCGAGGAAGACGCGGACGAAAAAGUCGGCGCCAGGGCCGAGUUGAAGGACGUCCCUGAUCAGUUGUUGUUCGUGCAUCAGGGACAGAGGGAUAUCAAGGAGGUGCAUUGGCAUCCCCAGAUCCCUGGAGUCGUCAUCAGUACUGCGUUGGACGGGUUCAAUGUUUUCAAGGCGUUGCCUUUCUCCGUGUAG